CCUCUUCUGGUGAUUGCAGGCGAAACAUUUGUGUCCAUAACCGUAUAGCUUGUAAAUUUGUUGCUACUUCAAUGCCUGCAACUUAAAUUUGAGUCAUUCGAUAAAAAUCAUUGGACUCACUUCGAAAUUCUUUAAAUUAGCAUCAGUUUCUAGGAGUUUGAACAGUGUACACGUGUUAAAGAGAGAUAACUUUCCAUCAAACACAUAAAUCAUGGAUAAAACUGAAUCGCCAGGUGUUGCCGAAGGAGUUGAUGCUCUCACAUUAAAUAACGUUAGCGACGAGAAAUUAGACAAGGUGCCGAACGGUGUGGAGGCUACCGAAAAUGAAGGCGAUGUAGUUGAUCCGUGGAAUGUUGCUAGCACCAAUGACGAGGGCAUCGAUUAUGACAAACUAAUAAAACGAUUUGGUUCAUCGAAAAUUGAUGAAGAACUGAUAGCACGUUUUGAGAAGAUAACGGGCAAACAAGUUCACCAUUUUAUACGACGUGGUAUUUUCUUUUCUCAUCGUGAUUUUCAUUCAAUAUUGACUUUAAAAGAGCAGGGUAGACCAUUUUAUCUAUAUACAGGACGCGGGCCAAGUUCCGGCUCCUUGCAUAUAGGACAUUUGAUACCUUUUUACAUGGCCAAAUGGUUGCAAGAAAUAUUCGAUGUACCGUUGGUCAUACAAUUGACAGACGACGAGAAAUCACUCUGGAAAGACCUCAAGGUCGAAGAAUCUAUAAAAUUGGCAUAUGAAAAUGCUAAAGAUAUAAUAGCUAUUGGUUUCGAUCCGGAAAAAACAUUCAUAUUUAAUGAUUUCGAUUUCAUUGGUAAAUGCCCAGCGAUGUACCAGAAUAUGGUUCGCAUACAAAAGUGUGUGACGUUCAAUCAAGUGAAAGGCAUUUUUGGUUUUGGUGAUUCUGAUAUUAUUGGCAAAAUCAGUUUCCCUGCUGUACAAGCUGCUCCAGCACUUUCCAGCACGUUUCCUUUUAUAUUUAAAGGCAAAAAGCCAGUACAUUGCCUCAUUCCAUGUGCAAUCGACCAAGAUCCAUAUUUCCGUAUGACGCGUGAUGUGGCGCCACGUCUGGGAUUUCCAAAAUGUGCGCUGUUGCAUUCAAGUUUUUUCCCCGCAUUGCAAGGCGCGAAAUCGAAAAUGUCGGCCAGCGAUAAUAAUUCGGCAGUAUUUCUCACGGAUACCCAAAAACAAAUAAAAAAUAAAAUCAAUAAAUAUGCAUUUUCCGGUGGACGUGCCACUGUUGAGGAACACCGUAAAUUAGGCGGCAAUCCUGAUGUAGACGUGGCAUUUCAACUACUGAAAUUUUUCCUAGAAGACGACACUAAGCUGGAGGAAGUUCGUAGUGCGUACAUAAAAGGCGAGUUACUAACAGGCGAAUUGAAAAAACUGGCUAUCGAAGUGGUUAGUCCCAUUGUAGAAGAACAUCAAAAAGCGCGCAAAGCCUUAACGGAUGAGGCCGUGGCUAAGUUCUUCGAAAUACGUUCAUUAAAAUUUGCGCAAUAAUAUUUGUGUGAGAAAAAAAGCGCAUUUCGUAAAUAGUAUGAAUAUUUAUUAUGUGAAAUUAUUGUCGUGAAGUAUUAUUGCUAUGCUUGGAGAGGAUUCUUAAUUUGGAGCAGUAACAAAUAAAAGAAAAUAUCUUACGCCCAUGUAA